AUGUUUGGACUUACAACUGCCGCUGCUGCUAAAUAUAUAACCCUAGCUCCUAAGCAGACUGAUCCAGAUCAUAUUCCUGGACUUCUCGAUAUAUCUGUCAAAGAAUAUGCUGAUUGGCAUCAGUUAUGGGUGAGCAGUGAGACCUUAAGGGAAAGUAUUCAGAAUGCCCGCGAUAUGGCCUCUGUACCAGGCUUCCGUGCCGUAGAGGAGUGGGAGGACGCAUGUGAUUACCGCCUUUCGAAGCGCCGCCGCUGGGGGGCCGGCUCUGGUUCUUGCGAGGUUGCGGAUGUGCUGGGCCACCGCCCUAGCUUUUGCUGUGCGGACGGCGACGUAUCUGCGCCAGGUGAGUCGGCGGUUGAAGUGGACCCCAAGCCAACACAGGGCCGGCUGUUGCCCCUCUUUCUUGGGGGUGGAGAUUGGGUGUAUAGUGAGUGUCUCGUUCACCACUACUGGGGGCUUACUGGAGGCCCGUGA